AUGUACGCUGGUGGCGGAGCGAACGAAGGUGACCACCACAGCAGUGGCAAUGCGCCGUUCUCGAGCGCAGCAGCCGAAGCAAACGACCUAGACGCGUUGGUGUUCGAAUUCGGCACGUCCCGCUGCAAAUUCGGCUAUGCGGGCGAGGACUUCCCUCGUGUGUUCGAGCGCCCCGUGCCACACGACGAAGUACACGACGACGCGGAGUUAGGACGGCGUCUGAACCGCAGAUCGGCGCAGGUCGAGAGAGACCCAGAGAAAUUGGCCCAAUGGCUGUUCGACGCUAGCAGCUCCAGGCUACAGACACGACUGAGUGAACACCCGUUACUAUUGGUGGAAAGACCGUUUACUCUGCCUGAAGAAACCAAGACUGUGCAGGCCAGUAGCGCCAGCAAAAAGAGAGACCUGAAGGCCCGAGAACAGAUGGUGGAGGUCGUCAUGGAGGAGCUCGGUGUGCCUGCGCUCUUCUGUGCCAAGAGCGCCGUCCUCGCCUGCUAUGCGAAUGCCAGGACCAGCGGCCUGGUGGUGGAGAUGGGUGCUACAUACACCAGCGUCACCUCCGUCCAUGAGGGUUACGCCUUCGCGUACCCCAAAAGUCAGGGUACUUUAUUUGGCGGCCAUGAUUUAAACUCCUUUUUAAGAACAAAAUUAGCACCGCAAGUUGCUAAAAAUUUAGAACACAAAAUGGAGGCGACGUCGGCGGAGAUAGAAAUUGCCAAGCGGAAAAAACAGACGUGGUCGUACGUAGUGGAAGCCAAGGAGAGCGGACUCUGUCGAGUGGCGGACGGACCGUUUGACGAAGUGCAGAACGCCCAACUGCCUCUGAUCAACUACGAAUUACCCGAUAAGACUAUUGUGUCUUUGGGUACCGAGCGGUUCAGUGUUGCAGAGCAUUAUUUCUUGAGGGAAGGCGUGUCAAAAGCUGCAGAAAGCUCAGACAACAGUACCUUAGUGAACGAUGGUCCGGGCAUGAGACUUCCCGAGUUAAUCUGCGAGACAGGCGGCCUAACAACCGAAACGGAGCUGAGGAAGGAAUUGUUCCAGAAUAUUGUGCUGACUGGAGGAAGCUCGUGCUUUGAGAACAUGCCGACGAGGAUUGAACGUGAAGUAGUGACCAUGUUGAGUGGGAUGCCGCUACCUCUUACAGGAGCAGGCAACAACGGCGCAGCUGGCGGAUUUACUAACAGCUUACGGGUGAAGGUGGUGGCAGCUCAUCCCCAAGAACGUCGCGUGGGCUCGUUCCUAGGUGGCUCCAUCUUGGCGUCGCUGGGGUCCUUCCACGAAAUGUGGAUGUCCAAAGCAGAAUACGCUGAGCAUGGUGCUACGCUCAUUCACAAGAAGUGUCCAUAG